UUGGUGCAGACUGGUGUAACUUACUGCAGUUUGGUGCAACUUGGUGCAGUUUGGUGCAACUUGGGGCAGAUUAGGGCACCUUGGUGCAGUUUGGUACAACUUGGUGCAGAUUGGUGCAACUUGGUCCACUUUGGUGCAACUUUCUGCAGUUUGAUGCAACUUUGUGCAAAUUGGUGCAAUUUCGUGCAGAUUGGUGCAACAUGGUGGAGUUUCGUGAAACUUGGUGAUUCUGGUGCAACUUGGUGCACAUUAGUUCAACUUGGUGCAAUUUGGUGCAACUUGGUACAGUUUGGUGCAACUUGGUGCAGAUUGGUGAACUCGGUGCAACUUGGUGCAGAUUGGUGCAACUUGGUGCAGGCUGGCGUCACUUGGUGCAGAUUGGUGCAACUUGGUGGAGAUUGCUCCAACAUGGUGCAGUUUGGUGCAACUUGGUGCAGAUUGGUGCAACAUGGUGCAUUCUGGUACAACUUGGUGCAGAUUGGUGCAGUGUGGUCCACUUUAGUGCCACUUGGUGCAGAUUGAACUUGGCGGGGGUUUGUUGGAACUUGGUGCAGGUUGGUGCACUUUGGUGCAAAUUGGUGCAGAUUGGUGCAACAUGGUGCCAUUUCGUGAAACGGUGACUCUGGUGCAACUUGGUGCACAUUGGUUCAACUUGGUGAAAUCUGGUGCAGCUUUGUGCACUUUUGUGCAGCUUCGUGCAAAUUAGUGUAACUUGGUGCAGGUUGGUGCAACUUGGUGCAGACUGGUGCCGUACAGUGCAGUUUGGUGCAACUUGGUGCAGAUUGGUGAUACACGGUGCAGAUUGGUGCAGAUUGGUGCAACAUGGUGCAUGCACGAAGAUGCCCCAAACUGCACCAUGUUGCACCAAUCUGUACCAAGUUGCACCGUGUAUCACCAAUCUGCACCAAUCUUUGCCAAGUUGUAACAACCUGCACCAAAUUUCACCAAAGUGCACCAAGUUGCACCAACCUGUACCAAGUUGCCCCAAUCUUUGCCAAGUUCUACCAACCUGCACCAAAUUUCACCAAAGUGCACCAAGUUGCACCAAUCUGCACUAAGUUGCACCAAACGGCACCAAGUUGCACCAAACAAGCAACAUCGUGCAGGUUAGUACAGUUUGGUGCAACCUGGUGCCGUUUGGUGCAACUUAGUGCAGAUUGGUGCAACUUGGUGCACUCUGGUGAAAUUUGGUGCAGGUUGGUGUAACUUGGUACAGGUUGGUACAACUUGAUGCAACUUGGUGCAGAUUGGUGCAACAUGUUGCAGUUUGGUUCAACUUGGUGCAGAUUGGUGCAACAUGGUGCAGAUUGGUGUAACAUGGUGCAAAUUGGUGCACUUUGGUGCAACUUGGUGCAGAUUGAAGUUGGUUGGGUUUGGUGCAACUUGGUGCAGAUUGGUGGAAGUUGGUUCACUUUGGUGCAACUUGGUGCAACAUGGUGCAUUUUUGGGGCAACUUGGUGCAGAUUGGUGCAACAUGGUGCAGUUUGGUGCAACUUGGUGCAGUUUGGUGCAACUUGGUGGAAAUUAGUGCAACGUGGUCCAUUUUGGUGCAACUUGGUGCAGGUUGAAGUUGGUGGAGUUUUGUUCUACUUUGCGCAGAUUGGUGCAAGUUGGUGCACUUUGGUGCAACAUGGUGCAUUUUACUGCAACUUGGUUCAGAUUGGUGCAGCAUGGUGCAGUUUGGUGCAGCUUGGUGCAGUGUUGUGCAACUUGGUGCAGAAUGGUGCCACAUGAUGCAUUUUGGUGCAACUUGGUUUAGAUAGGUGCAACAUGGUGCAGUUUGGUGCAACUUGGUGCAGUCUUGCGGAACUUGUUGCAGAUUGGUGUAAUUUGGUGCACUUUGGUGGAACUUGGUGCAGAUUGGUGCCACACGGUGCAGGUUGGUGCAACUUGGUGCAGAUUGGUGCAACUUGUUCAACAUGGUGCAGUUUGGUGCAACUUGGUGAAGAUUGUUGCAACUUGUUUCAGUUUGGUGCAACGUAAUGCACUUUGUUGUAACUUGGUGCAGAUUGGUGCAACAUGGUACAGUUUUGUGCACCGUGGGGUAGACUGGUGUAACAUAGUGCAGAUUGGUGCAACUUGGUGCUUUAUAGUGCAAUUUGGUGGACUUUGGUGCAACUUGGUCCAGAUUGGUGCAACUUGGUGCAGAUUACUGCAACUUGGUGCAGCUUGGUGCAACUUGGUGCAGAUUGGUGCAACGUGGUGCAGUUUGGUGAAACUUGGUGAUUCUGGUGCAACUUGGUGCACAUUAGUUUAACUUGGUGCAAUUUGGUGCAUCUUGGUGCAGAUUGGUGUAACUUUGGUGCAGGUUGGACCAUCUUGGUGCAGUUUGCUGCAACUUGGUGCAGAUUGGUGCAACAUGGUACAGUUUUGUGCAACUUGGUGCAGAUUUGUGCAACUUGGUGCACUUUGGUGCAACCUGGUGCAGAUUGGUGCAGGUUGGUGCAGAUUGGUGCAACUGGUUGCAGUUGGCUGUAACUUGGUGCAGAUUGGUGCAACUUGGUGGAAUUUGGUGGACUUUGUCGCAACGUUUGUGCAGGUUGGCGUUGCUUGGUGCAAAUUGGUGCAAUUUGGUGGAGAUUGCUGGAACAUGGUGCAGUUUGGUUCAACUUCGUGCAGAUUGGUGCAACAUGGUGCAGUUUGGUGCAACUUGGUGCAGUUUGGUGCAACUUUGCGCAGAUUGGUGCAAUUUGGUGAAAUUGUUUGCAGUGUGGUGCAACUUGGUGCAGAUUGGUGUACCUUGGUGCAGUUGGGUGCAACGUGGUGCAGAUUGGCGCAACUUGGGCAAGUUUGGUUCAACUUUGUGCAGACUGGUGCAACUUGGUGCACUUUGGUGCAAUUUGGUGUACUUUGGUGUAACUUAGUGCAGACUGGUGCAACUUGGUGCAGAUUAGUGCAACUUGGUGCAGGUUGGUGGAACUUGGUGCAAGUUGGGGCAACUUGGUUCAACUUUGUGCGGACUGGUGCAACUUGGUGCACUUUGGUGCAAUUUGGUGCACUUUGGUGCAACUUAGUGCAGACUGGUGCAACUUGGUGCAGUUUGGUGCAACUUGGUGCAGAUUGGUGGAACUUGGUGCAGAUUGGUGCAACUUGGUGCAGAUUGGUACAACAGGGUGCAGUUUGG